AAAGAGUAGUCAUCACUUAAUUGGGCCUCAAGAUCAGAAAUACCACGUAGAAUUGAUACAGUGUCAGUAUUAGGGAUAGGCACUUGGAAAGGAAGACAGAUUGAAGACAAGAAAAACAAUUCUGGUCCUAAAAAACAGUUGUUACCACAAUAAACUUUUGGCAGUGUGCUGUAGUAUACUGGUGGGGGAUGUAGGGUUUUUUAAUUGAGAAAACAAUUCACCUGUACCUUUCUACUUUUACUAAAGAAGAAUCCCUGUUGCUACUACCCUCCCUGGGCUUUGUUGCAUCCCUUGAUACUCGUUCUGCCAUAGAAUGGAAAGGUGAAAUGUGUUUCCCCUUUCUCCAUAAGUAUUAGGAAAUGGUUCUUUUAAUUCUGUUCCUGUUUUGUCUUAUUGGAUCACUGAUCAACUGCUAGCACAGUGUUAAACACUAAAUAUCCUCAAGGAAUAGGUUCACCUAGUGUUUAUCAUGCGGUCAUUGUCAUCUUUUUGGAGUUUUUUGCUUGGGGACUCCUGACAGCACCCACAUUAGUGGUAUUACAUGAAACUUUUCCUAAACAUACAUUUCUGAUGAAUGGCCUAAUUCAAGGAGUAAAGGGUUUGUUGUCAUUCCUCAGUGCCCCACUUAUUGGUGCUCUUUCUGAUGUUUGGGGCCGAAAAUCAUUCUUGCUGCUAACAGUAUUUUUCACAUGUGCCCCAAUUCCUUUAAUGAAGAUCAGCCCAUGGUGGUACUUUGCCGUUAUCUCUGUUUCUGGGGUUUUUGCAGUGACUUUCUCCGUGGUAUUUGCUUAUGUAGCAGAUAUAACCCAAGAACAUGAAAGAAGUAUGGCUUAUGGAUUGGUUUCAGCAACAUUUGCUGCAAGCUUAGUCACCAGCCCUGCAAUUGGAGCUUACCUUGGACGAGUAUAUGGGGACAGUCUAGUAGUGGUGUUAGCUACGGCGAUAGCUUUGCUAGAUAUUUGUUUUAUCCUUGUUGCUGUGCCGGAGUCAUUGCCUGAGAAGAUGCGGCCAGCAUCGUGGGGAGCGCCCAUUUCCUGGGAACAGGCCGACCCCUUUGCAUCCUUAAAAAAGGUGGGCCAGGAUUCCAUAGUGCUGCUAAUCUGCAUUACCGUGUUUCUCUCCUACCUACCGGAGGCAGGCCAAUAUUCCAGCUUUUUUUUAUACCUCAGACAGAUAAUGAAAUUUUCACCAGAAAGCGUUGCAGCGUUUAUAGCAGUCCUGGGCAUUCUUUCCAUUAUUGCGCAGACUAUAGUCUUGAGUCUGCUUAUGAGGUCAAUUGGAAAUAAGAACACCAUUUUACUGGGUCUGGGAUUUCAAAUAUUACAGCUUGCUUGGUAUGGUUUUGGUUCAGAGCCUUGGAUGAUGUGGGCUGCAGGGGCAGUGGCAGCCAUGUCCAGCAUUACCUUCCCAGCAGUCAGUGCGCUUGUUUCACGGACUGCUGAUGCCGAUCAACAGGGUGUUGUUCAAGGAAUGAUAACAGGAAUUCGAGGAUUGUGCAAUGGUCUGGGACCAGCCCUCUAUGGAUUCAUUUUCUACAUUUUCCAUGUGGAACUGAAAGAACUGCCAAUAACAGGAACAGACUUGGGAACAAACACAAGCCCCCAGCACCACUUUGAGCAGAAUUCCAUCAUCCCUGGCCCCCCUUUCCUUUUCGGAGCCUGUUCGGUGCUGCUGGCUCUGCUUGUUGCCUUGUUUAUUCCAGAACAUACCAAUUUAAGCUUAAGGUCCAGCAGUUGGAGAAAGCACUGUGGCAGCCACAGCCAUCCUCACAGUACGCAAGCACCGGGAGAGGCCAAAGAACCUUUACUCCAGGACACAAACGUGUGAGGCCCCAAAUCAGGAAGAUUUCUAUCAGCACCCAGGUCUUAGUUUUCACCUGUAGUUCUGGAUGUACAUUCCAUUUCCAUCCACAUGGUAUUUUAAGAUUGUCUUAAGAAAUGUAUCUGCAUGAACUCCGUGGGAACUAAAGAAAGAGUGGACGGUUUUCCAAAGAUGUUACAAUUUCUUUUGAAAAGAAACCUUUUGUUUAUUACCACCAAUUUCUUGCCACUAAGCUAUUUGUUUUAUUAUACAUUCUUUAAUUAAAAACUAUAUAUAUGUAACUUCUUAGAUAUUAGCAUAUGUCUCUGCUACCAUUUCCUUAAGGUGUUGAGCUUUAACUAUUUACGCUGACUCUCAGCAAGAUGAGUAAGUAGUAGGGGUGGACCUGGUGUUUUAACAUCGUAAAAUCUGGAGUCAGAUUUUAACAAGUAAAAUCUUGGGUCAAAUAAUUCAAAGCCUUAAUGCAGAUGCACUAAAAUAAAGAAAUGGUAAAUGAAUUGUUUGCAUUUUAAAACAACUCAAGAAAAAAAUUGUACUAAAUCUGAAUCAUGUUUCAAGCUUGUUGCAGUAAUUUUAUUUUAAACAUUAUUCACUACUGUAUUUGAAGUGAGAGAAUAUCAGCCAUUUAGAAUUUAAAUUGGGGUGUUAAGAGCCUAUCAGUCUAAAUAUUGGCUCGAAUUUGUUCCCCGGCUACUUCUUAUACCACUAUUCUUUUAAUGUUUGCAUAAUCAUAAAAACCUCAACACUUGAAUACAUAACCUAAAAAUUAUAUAGUAAAGCUGGUAGCCUUGAAAAUGUUAAUGUGAUAUCUAUAUGUAGAUAAAUAUAUAUAGUGGCCUUUCAGGACUGUCACAGUAACACUUUAUUUACAGAGCUAAUGUUUGUCCUAAAUUUUCAGGACCUUAGAGGAGAGCUUUAUACAAUUACUGAUGUGAAUUUCUCUAAAGUGUAUAUUUUUGUGUCCAGUUAUAUUAUUUAAAAAAGUGUUACUUUGUAAAAAAUGUACAUAAAGUAUUGUAUAGUUUACACUGUUUUCAUCUUGUGUGUGGUUAUUGCUUAAUGCUUUUUAAACUUGGAACAUUCACUAUGGUUAAAUAAGGUCUUAAAUGUAAAUACUGUUAAUAAAAUUAAAUAUUUUAAUGAUUUUUUU